AUGGCGUGUGGCAGCGGCAGGAGGGUCACCAUCCAACUGGUGGAUGAUGAGGCAGUGGUCGGAGCCCGAGGCCCACAGCUCUUCCGUGGCCAGAGUUACGAGGCAAUUCGUGCCUCGUGCUUGGAUUCGGGGAUCCUGUUCUGCGACCCCUACUUUUCUGCUGGCCCUGACGCCCUUGGCUAUGACCUGCUGGGACCAGACUCGGAGAAGGCCAAAGGGGUGGAAUGGAAGAGGCCGCAUGAGUUCUGUGCCGAGCCCCAGUUCAUCUGUGAAGACAUGAGCAGGACGGACGUGUGUCAGGGGCGCCUCGGGAACUGCUGGCUGCUGGCGGCCGCCGCCUCCCUCACACUGCACCCACGGCUCCUGCGCCGGGUGGUGCCCCCGGGCCAAAGCUUCGGCAGUGGCUAUGCCGGGGUCUUCCACUUCCAGCUCUGGCAGUUCGGCCGCUGGGUGGACGUGGUGGUGGACGACCGGCUGCCCGUGAAAGAGGGGAAGCUGAUGUUCGUGCGCUCCGCUCAGCGCAACGAGUUCUGGGCCCCGCUGCUGGAAAAGGCCUAUGCCAAGCUCCAUGGCUCCUACGAGGUGAUGCGAGGUGGCCACAUGAAUGAAGCUUUUGUGGACUUCACGGGUGGCGUGGGCGAGGUCAUCUACCUCAGGCACAACACCCCGGGCCUCUUCUCUGUCCUGCGCCAAGCCCUGGCCAAGGAGUCCCUCGUGGGGGCCACUGCCCUGAGUGACCGGGGCGAGUACCGCACAGAAGAUGGGCUGGUGAAGGGACACGCAUAUUCAGUCACGGGCACGCACAAGGUGGCCCUGGGAUUCACCAGGGUGCGGCUGCUGCGGCUGCGCAACCCAUGGGGCCGCGUGGAAUGGACGGGAGCCUGGAGUGACAGCUGCCCCCGCUGGGACUCGCUCCCCACCGAGUGGCGAGACGCUCUGCUGGUGAAAAAGGAGGACGGCGAGUUCUGGAUGGAGCUCCAGGACUUCCUACACCACUUCAACACCGUCCAGAUAUGCUCGCUGAGCCCGGACGUGCUGGGCCCCAGCCCUGCAGGAGGCGCCUGGCACGUCAACACCUUCCAAGGCCGCUGGGUGCGCGGUUUCAACUCUGGCGGGAGCCAGCCGGGUGCUGAAACCUUCUGGACAAACCCCCAGUUCCGGCUGACACUGCUGGAGCCGGAUGAGGAGGACGACGAGGACGAGGGGCCCUGGGGGGUUUGGGGGGCGGCAGGAGCUGGGGGCCCAGCGAGGGGUGGGCGCACCCCCAAGUGCACAGUCCUCUUGUCGCUUAUCCAGCGUAACCGGCGGUGCCUAAGGGCCAAGGGCCUCACCUACCUCACUGUGGGCUUCCACGUGUUCCAGAUUCCGGAGGAGCUGCUGGGCCUCUGGGACACCCCGCGCAGCCGUGCCCUCCUGCCCCGGCUGCUGCGAGCCGACCGCUCGGUCUUCUGUGCCCGCCGUGAUGUGAGCCGCCGCUGCCGCCUACCCCCUGGCCACUACCUGGUGGUGCCCAGCGCUGCCCAGGCUGGCGAUGAGGCUGACUUCACCCUACGCAUUUUCUCCGAGCGCCACCACACGGCCUUGGAAAUUGAUGACAUCAUCAGCGCUGACCUGGAGGCCCUCAUGGUCCCCUGUGUGCCCAUGGUGCCGGAGUUGGAGUUGCUAUUCCAGGAGCUGGUGGGUGAGGGGGAAGAGCUCAGUGCCCCCCAGCUGCAGACCCUGCUCAGCAUUGCCCUGGAGCCUGCCAGGGCUAACAGCCGGACCCCCAGAGAGAUUGGGCUCAGAACGUGUGAGCAGCUGCUGCGGUGUUUUGGGCACGGGCAAGGCCUUGUCCUGCACGCCUUCCGGCAGCUCUGGGGUCACCUCCUUAGGUGGCAGGCCACAUUUGACAAGUUCGAUGAAGACGCCUCUGGGACCAUGAACUCCUAUGAGCUGAGGCUGGCACUGAACGCUGCAGGCUUCCACCUGAACAACCAGCUGACCCAGGCCCUCACCAGCCGCUACCGGGACAGCCGGCUGCGUGUGGACUUUGAGCGCUUUGUGUCCUGCGUGGCCCAGCUCACCUACAUCUUCUGCCACUGCAGCCAGCACCUGGACGGCGGUGAGGGGGUUGUGUGCCUGACCCACAGACAGUGGAUGGAGGUGGCUACCUUCUCCUAGGCCCUCGGCCUGGGCACGGCUGCAUCUCUCCUGCACAGGCCACAUGCUUGGUCCCCAGCUGCACCAUUCACCGGAGUGGGAGGGUCCAGGCUGGUGUGCCCUGCCUCGCUCAGGAAAGACGUGCGGACAGAGGGUGCUGCAGGAAUCUAUCUUAAAAAUAUUACACGUUUAUUAUCGUGUCUCCCAGGAGGGUGGUUUAUCCAGAAACCAAGAAGAAAAUACAACCAAUCAGAAAAAAACUCAAAAAAAAAAAAAUAAAGGGGGAGCAAAACCAUCAUCAACUACCAGGCAGCCAGGUCGGCAACCUGCUUCGACCUCAGCGAGGGUGGCGGGGGACCGGGCCCCACGGCCAGUGGGGCAGGGCAGCCAGUCAGCUAUGUCUUCAUUAUGAGAGCAGGGGAGGCGGCAGAGACGCUGCUGGGUGAAUAUAUAUUUAUAUAAUAAAUCCGUAAGUUAA